GGUUUCUUCCCUUCCUUGCCAUUGCCAUUGCCCAUUGAGAAUUGAUAUACAGGCGCGUGCCGCUGUGCCAUUCCCUCACGCCUGUGUUUGCUUUUGUUGUGCCUUGCGGUCGCCGUUGGAACAGUGCUAAGCUCGGUGGUUGCGUCAUCGCUCAUCUUCACACCUCCGGACUUAUUAUUGCUUGCGGACCACCAUUGCACUAAGGAACUUCCCGCUCAUCACUCCAGUCCAAGUCAUCGGAUAUCCUCCGCCUCCUGUUCCUCGUCUCAACACUGUCACGUCGAUAGCCUGCAUUCGUUUGGUAUGCGCCUUCAAAUUGCCGUGUAGUAGCCGGUGAAAAAAAAACAGCAGCUACCGCUCGCAUCCAGAUAUCGACACCAGCAUCUCUGUGUGACGCUGCACCAGGCGGAGGCCUCCGCGCUAGGGCGCUGCAACAGUCACUUUCUUCAAUUCUUCAUAGGACAUGAAAUACGGCGAUACGCUGCGCCAGCGGUCUACGCCAGAAUGGGCCCACUAUAACAUUGACUACGACUACCUCAAAGACCUCAUCAAACAUCAGACGACAUCUGGAACUAGCAAAGCGCUCUCUAUCCCCGGCCAGGGCGAGUCGAGCGAGAAAGCCUUCGGUGGCACCUUCUAUCGCGACUUAAAGGCUCAGCAUGACCGCAUCAACCUAUUCGUACGAAGCAAGAGUGGAGAGAUUCAGCGCAGGCUGGAGCACAUUCACAAAAGCCUCAAGCGCCUGCAGUCGCGGCGCGCGCAUGGCGACCAGCUCCCUGCCAGCAUAGUCGAGAAAUUCGCCAAGAUUGACGCGGAUGUGAACAAGGCGGGCGAAGAAAUUCGCGCAUUAUCACGUUUCCAAGUCGCUCAGCGAACAGGCUUCCGUAAGAUACUGAAAAAGUAUAAGCGUUGGACAAAGGACGCCGAACUGGAACGCCGAUUCAGGAGUGAAGUCACAAGUAGUCCAACCAGUUUCUACCAGCUGGACCUGGGAUACCUCCUGGAUCAAUACAUUGAAGUUCUUGGUGCUUUGCGCGCCCAUUUCGAUGCCGCCAACGCAUCCGAGUCUUCCAACGGCGUGAAGCCUUCAUCGCCUACCGGGCGGAUUGCUCAGACUUGUCGGGAUGGAAGUGAACUUGAUUUCGAUGUUGCAUUGUCCUUGACGCCACUGGGGUCCCGUGGGAAUAGGGCCACUUACUGGAUACACCCAGACCAUAUUGUUGAGGCUGAGGUGCUUCUAUUGCAACAUAUGCGGCUCAUCGCAGCGUCUAGCCCACCUGCAACGAGGGGCUCACCCGAAGCAAAUCCCCUUCGUCGCAUAUCUUCCGCAACCACCGAUCGUUUCCUAGGCAGCGAAGAUGGUGUGGGCCUAUUGGUCCUCGACCAUCCGGAGUCGUUCGCCAUCAAGCAGAACGCCAGUUCGCUUGGUUCUGGCGAAGACAUAGCAGGCACCUUGCAAGUAAACGCUGCCGGCAAUGCUCGUUGGACUUCUUCUGGCGACGCGGCGCUCGCACUCGAUCUUGAGAAGUCGCCGGAAGACGUACUCACAGCCAAGUUAGAUAGAAAGCAUUUACCAGACUUCCUCGACACAUCUGUGGCACUAGCGGAGCUGAACAUCCCUAGCCUGCAGGAAUCCGAUUCAUCACGCCCGAUUACCGAUAAUUCGGCGACCGUCAGUACUGCCCGUAAUUGGCUGGAGGGGCACAAGGGUAUCAGACCGAUUGUAGGAAUAUCGUCCAAGCGCACUAGGUUAAUGGGCCUUCACAACAACGACUCGGGAGGUAUGUGGGCUACGCUGGACAGAGAUGUAUUCAUGAACAGCUCGCUGCACAAGCAUUUGGGCAACGACGACUGGAUGUCUGCUGGUCGCGCGGGAUCGAUCACCUUUCCCCACGCUAUUUUGGAGAUCCGGAAAGAAGGAGCGCAUGCAUCAGCACUGAUACAGACUCUAGACCGCAGUCAUUUGGUUGAACGAGUUCGCGGAUUUUCACUACAAGCGCAAGCAGUAUGGGCAUGUUGCAGACCAACGGCAAUGUCUGCACCGAUUUGGAUACCGUUGCUUGAGAAGGAUAUUCGAAAGCUCCCACCAACAGCAAAGCGCGAACGUCGAAAGGCAAACAGCACGACUGGGUCAUCCCGCCAUUCGACAUUCGGAACACCUGGCGCAUCCACUGGAAGUCACUCGAGCCCGUCAACACCCUUGCACGACACGUCGGCUACGUCUGCACCUGAGUUUGUAGAAGGAGCCCCACCAUUGCGAGCAUUCCGCAAGAAGAGGAAACCAUCCGCGGUACCGGAACAGCCGCAGCCGGAGCAACAACGCUAUUGGAACGAGUACGACAAUCCCGAGGAUGAAGACGAGGGCUACUACAUCUACAUAGAUCCAGACGCCGAAGUCAAAUUCCCGGGACAAGAGCUGUUCGAAGGACUGGCCAGACAGACCCGCAGGCUGUUCGGCAUUAAGGAAUAUGCUGAGGAAGAGUCUAGCGUAUCAUCCGCAGAGACCAGUGACGACGAAGAUUCCCCAGUCAAGCCGCCAAACGGCUAUGGAACAUUUGGUUCUUCCGGGUCGACACCACACACUCAAGGCUAUUUCAGCGGCCUCUUCCGCAAGUAUCGGGAUCCGCAACAAGAUGUCGAAGCGCUCCUCUCGCAACGACGCGAGACUGCGCGUGAACACCGCAGUCUUCUUAGGGAGCUCGAAGUGCGCCGGCACAAGGCCGAAACUACGAAGUUGUAUUUUUACACGACAUGCUUAGCGAUGGCGCUCAUUAUUGACGCACUCUUGGGUACGAUGGCGAUGACGAGUCGCAAAAAGGAGGUGGGCGUUGUUGACUUUGUAGUUUCAUUGGGAACGAUCGUCAGCCUCAUACUGGGUGUCACAGCUAUCGUUAGCAUGCAGUCAAGGAGGGAGAAUCUGGGGUGGGCGCAUCGGGGAGUGGUGUAUGUGACUUUCACGGCGAACGUCGUGGUGGACAUAUUGUUUUUCAUUUGGGUUUUUAGGGGCUUCUAGUGAGAACUGCAGUGGGUGGGGAAGGGGGCGAGAGUGGGCGACCAGACUAUGGGAGUGCGUGAUGGGAAAGUUGGUGAGGGCGGAGUCGGAAGCCGGCUUUUUCUGUGGGGAAUGUCAGAUGAUGUUAAAUCUUAAUCGGUCGAUGCGAAGGCACGUGGGGAGUUCAUACACGUAUACCCACGCAUGGCUCGGAAUGUAAACAGCGAACAAUGAAACCAGU